AUGUUCAAAACCACAUUAGCUCAAGUCGCCAAGUUCAAUACCAGAACUUUUGCCACCACUCCAAGAGUUUUAGGUACUAAAGUUUUCUUUAAAGUUUCAAUUGAUGGUGCCUUACAAGACCCAAUUAAAUUCGAAUUAUAUGAUGAUGUCACUCCUAAAUGUGCCGAAAACUUUAGAGCCUUAUGUACCGGUGAAAAAGGGUUCGGAUAUGCUGGUUCAAUUUUCCAUAGAGUAAUUCCUGGAUUUAUGUUACAAGGUGGUGAUUUUGAAACUGGGAAAGGAUAUGGUGGGAAAUCUAUUUAUGGUAAGAAAUUCCCGGAUGAAAAUUUCAUUAAGAAACAUAACAAAGAAGGGUUAUUGAGUAUGGCUAAUGCUGGUCCAAAUACUAAUGGAUCUCAAUUUUUCAUUACUACUGUUCCAUGUCCUUGGUUGGAUGGGAAACAUACUGUUUUUGGUGAAGUUAUUGAUGGAUAUGAUGUUGUUAAGAAGAUUGAAGGUUAUGGUUCUCAAUCGGGUCAAACUAGAGCCAAGAUUGUUAUUGAAGAAAGUGGUCAAUUGUAG